AUGCUUCGUCGCGCGGCGUCCGCCCUCGGCCCGCGGCUGCGACUCGCGGAACUCGGAGCGCCCUCGCGUUUCGGCCAAAUCGAUGGGCAAAUCCAAACGCCCAUCUUCCCCUCUCUGCACGCCCGCGGGUUCGAAUCGACCGGACCCGCACGGAAAGGAAAUGACGUCGACGUCGACGACGACGCCGACGCCGCCGAGCGGAGGAAGCGAGCGGAGGAGGCGGCGGCGAAGAGCGUCAACAGGUUCAGCAGCCCGCUCUUCUCCCACGUGGAGCUCGAGAAAGAUGACCCUGAGCGGACGGUGCCUCGGUGGGCUAACGUCCUGUUCGUGGCGGCGGUGGCGGGGGUGUUCGGGUACUUCGCGCGGUACGCGUACACGAACGAGACGCGACGCGCGGAGCGGGUGGCGAACGAGAGGCGCGAUCGGGAGACGCGCGCGAGGCUCGCCGUGGAGGCUGGAGCGCUGCGAGACUCGAGGAGAAAUUUCGCCGACGACGAUGUGGACCCGUUCGAGGGACUGUCGCCGGAUGAGAUCGAGAAGCUGGCGGCGGGUGGGGAGGGAGAGGGGGGCGGGUGA